GAAUCUCAAACCCACGCGCUCCGUUGGAGGCGACGUCGAGACUGUAAAAUCGCUGCCGUCGAUGUGCACUUGAAGGCAUCUUUUUUGUAAGGAGGGCGGAAGUAGCUUUCGGUCUUGGAGUAAGAGGACUCUGUUCCAGCAUCGCGGAGUGACUUGUUUUCUGAACUUCGUCUGCCGUCAUUUACAACGUCUAUUAGUGAACUUUGUCGCUUCAGAAGUUGUGCGUGGUUUCAGCCAUGACGGUGUGUUGAAAGACACCCUAAAGUUGGCGGGAGCAGGUUCGUGGGCGUCAUUGAUGCGGCACCGGUUCCCAGCAGAGUGGUGAGAUGGCCAUCGCCCAUGUGGCCACCGAGUAUGUGUUCAGCGACUUCCUGCUGAAGGACCAGAACCAGGCCCUCUACCGCAGCGUCCGCACCGAGCUGGCCCUAGACAAGAUGGUAACCUGCGUGGCGGUGGGCCUGCCCCUCCUCUUCAUCUCGCUGGCCUUCGCUCAAGAGGUGUCAGUUGGUGGUCAGAUCAGCUGUUUCGCUCCGACCAACUUCUCCUGGAGGCAGGCUGCUUAUGUGGACUCGUUCUGCUGGGCAACCGUACACACACACACUCUACCUCUGUGGCUGCAUAAGUUCUUUCCUUACAUUCUGCUGCUGGUGGCGGUGCUGAUGUACACGCCGGCGCUGUUCUGGAGAUUUUCCGCCGCACCCCUGCUGCAGUCGGACUUGGGCUUCAUCAUGGAGGAGCUGGACCGGAGCUACAACCGCGCUGUCACCCUGGCCAAACGCAUGGCCACCGCGGACAGCGACCCCACCGAGGGCUGUUUCAAGUACCCGCUAGUAGAGAAGUUUCUGAUGACCAAGCGUUGCACGCGCUCCAUGCUGCUGUACUACCUGCUGUGUCGCGGCCUGACCCUGGUCACCCUGCUGUGCGCCUGCAUCUACCUGGGCUACUACCUCCGCCUGGCCCCCGUCACCGACAUGUUCAGCUGCUUGCUGCGCGAGGGCCUGCUGGCCUCCGACCCGGGCGUCCCCGAGAAGGUGCAGUGCAAGCUCAUCGCCGUGGGAGUCUUCUACUUGCUGAGCCUCGUCAACUUGGUCCUGUUCAUUGCACUGAUUCCUGCGGUGAUCUAUGCCGGCGCCCGGCCCCUCUUCCGCACUGGACACGCCCGUUUCUUAGAAAUCUACCAAUCACUGCCCACCGUGAGCGUCCUGCCCAACCCUACAAACCAAUGGGACGAUCUCUCUCUGUAUCUGCUCUUUCUUGAGGAGAACGUCAGCGAACUGAAGUCCUACAAAUACAUCAAGGUGUUGGAGUUGUUGAAGAGACGAGGCGACUCCUGCGGAGAGGACUUUGAUGCCAUAGAUCUGCUGCAGACUCUCUGCCUGGUGAAGGUGGACACCGUGGAUGGGAGGAAACCCGCCGGCGCUGCUGGGAAACAGGAUCAAGUGAAAACAAAGGCAGCGGAUUCAAAGAACAGCUGCAGCCGUCCCAACUCGUCUGCAGGAGACAAGGACGGCAAGACGGGGACUGAGAUGAAAGGUGAGCUCAGAGCUCUCUCCGUUGAUUGGUGAGGGAGAGACUCUGCGUCUGCGAGCGGUGUGACGGCGAUGGAGACCUGGGGGGGAAGGGGGGGGGGGUCCAUCAUCAUCAUCCCAGCAUUCACAACUCCCAGCCAUUCCGUCCUCGUGGGAUGGAGAUCUUCGUCAACGUUGUUACUACUUUUCUUUAAAAAAAUUUUUAAAAAAAUCCUUUUUUUUUUUUUUAGGUAAGAGGCAUAAUGGAAUAAUGUUCUAUGUUAACCUACAAACUUACAUUGCACUAAUACUCCAAAUGCGACAAAGGCCAUGAAAGCUUACAUUCCCAGUAUGCGUCUCAUUUGGGGUCUUUACGGCGGUUUGCCUCCUCUUGCCUGCUGACCUCAGUACUUAAAACAACUGGCCGACCGAGUAAUAAUGGGAUAUAUGAUGUUCAUGUUAGAGUAUUUGGCAGGAUGUGAUAUCAGGGAUAUCAUUUUCCUUUUGACUUUUCCAGAUCUCUGGGAUAACGAUGCAAAGUAAUCACACCGGGUAUGCUCUGUAACCAUUAAAAGUAAAAGCGCUCAGAUGCAGUAAAGAUACUUAAAAGCUUUUAAAUUGGCAGUAGCUGAACAGUUGUAGAUUUAGGAAGUGUCCUAAAACUGACAAUUUCCACUUAAAUGUGAAGUUGAAAUGGUCAAAAUUGCAGACGUGUUGUUUUCUUCGGUACAUUUUUAUAUUUUUUUACAUUUGUCAAUAUGGGAGAAUGUACUUUUAUUGAUAUUAACAUUUACAAGUCUAAUGAGAUUCCUCAUAACUGAAAAGUGAUACAACAAUGCAUAUGAAUAUGUCACAUUUGGGUUGUGGGUGUUUAGUUUUAGAGAAGCGUUGUCAUUGAUUGUAUUCUGAGGAAGUGGUACAAAUGCAGGAUACUUUUAUUGGAUGCAAGAUUUAUUGUUCUGUUCCCAACAAAUAAUGUACUAGGCUUUACUUCUUAAUGUCAAACAUGGGUUUAUAUUUUCAACCUGGAAGUUGACGUUAUUGUUUGAAAAUCUCAGGGAUUAAAAUCUCCUCACGUGUAAUCGUCUGUGUUUACAACUUCAUCCACUGCCUGUGAAUAUAUUGGGAACAUUGAACAUAUGGUCAGAGCAUGAAUGAGCUCAGCUCUCCCUUUCACUCAGUGCUGCUGGGGGAUAUAUCAUUGCAAUAUUUGGGUCCCAUGUCUGUGCAUUAAGGGGCCCUUUUAAUUAACGUAAAAUCUGAAAAAAGUGAUACUCGAUGUGUGUUGUUUGAAUCUGCUGUUGGUCAUGUUUGAGAUUGCUUUUCAUGAUCAUACUUGGAGGAUUGCCUGCAGUCUGAGAAAUAAAUACAGUACAUCACUGAUCACGAAA